AAGAUGUACAAAAACCUGCAAAUCAUUACGAUACGCAUAUAUGAUAAUAUCAGCGCCAUGUCGACUUCUAUACGUCGCUUAUAAGCAGUUUGCCGCACGACAAAACGACGCCGGACGGUCACGCACACAAAUACACGCCCCGAUCGUGUCUGUGACUCUACGCCGAUGCGCAUCUCGCGGAGAAACAACUGACGACGUAUACAGUAUACACCAACUGCUAUCAUAAUACAAAGUACUUGCCACAAAACAAUUCGUAUUUCAAUACUAUACGCGUGUGCUAUAGCAGAGACGUCUAGUCUAUUCCUUUAUAUUAUAUUUAUUAAAGGUGCUGUUAAAAAACGACGCUAUUAUGGCCAUACCCUACAAUGAAGAAAUCAUGAAGAUCUUCGGAUUUUGGACCGGCGUUCUGACCUUGAAACUGUUGGCGAUGUCUUUUCUCACUGCUAGGACUAGAUUCAGAAAGAAGGUCUUUGCAAAUCACGAAGAUGCUUUAAUGCUGAAGAAAGCCAGAGUAGCAUAUGACGAUGAAGAUGUUGAACGUGUUAGACGCUCCCAUCUCAAUGAUUUGGAAAAUAUCUUGCCUUGGGUAGCCAUUACCUACAUAUAUCUUGGAACUGGACCAUCAAACUUUUUAGCUGGUUUACUAAUCAGAGCAUUUGUAUUGUCAAGAAUUGGACACACUCUUUCGUACGCUAUUUUCCCUAAACAACCUUUCCGUGCUAUAUCCUUUUUUAUUGGCUAUGGAUUAACAGCUUUUGAAGCUGGUGCUACUAUUAUGCAUUACAUGUAAUGUAAAAAAACAAGUAAUAAUGUUGGUCUAGGAUUAUUUUUGAUACAUAAUUUUGCAAAUGAUGUUUUAUACUUCAGACGUGUUCUAAAGUAGGUAGUUGAAGUAUUUUUGUGAAGAAAAUGAUUUUUUGACAAUAUUUUUCAUGGAAAGAUAAAUAUCUUUAUUAGUUUGUGUUGUGUAUGAAAGUGGUUUAUACAUUCAAAAUAGUAUAAAAACUAAGAACAAAAAUAUGUUUAAAUGUUUUCAAAGUACAAAUUUAAAUAAAAAA